AUGUUAAUCUUGUUAUUAUUUGUUAUAAUCGCCAUUUUAUUUAUUGUCAAAUAUUAUAAAAAUAAAAAAUUAAAUAAUAAUAAUAUUGAACCUCCUGGUCCAUUAAAUUUACCAUUUAUUGGAACUUUAUAUUUGCUUUUAAAAGAUCCACAUUUAGCAAUCCAAAAUCUUUCGUUUAAAUAUGGUAAAGUAAUGACAUUGUUUUUUGCAAAUGUAAAGACUGUAGUAAUUUCCGAUCCAAACUAUCUUAAAGAGGUAUUUGUUAACCAAUCCGAUAAAUCCACUGAUAGAUUCUUGAUGGGUACCGCUAAAUUAAUUGGACACGAAAAAGAUAUUUUAUUUUCUAAUGGCGACUAUUGGAGAAACUAUAGAAAGAUAUUAGCAAUGUCAUUCCAAAAGCUAAAGGACCAUCAAGGUAUUACCAAAAACGUCAGCGAAGAGGCUUUUAAACUAUCAGAGGCUUUCGAUUGGUAUGCCACCUCUGGUCAAGUUGUUAAUCCAGGACCAUUAUUUAAAAUGUUUACCUUGAAUGUUAUUAUGGAGCUCUUGUAUUGCGAUAGAUCAUCAUAUGACCUUAAAGAGCAACACCCAAUCUUGAUGGCAUUGAAAUUGGUUGAAGAAAGUUUAGCUGUUGGUAAUGUUGUCGAUCUAUUCCCAAUCCUUUCAUCGUUCACAAAGAAAUACAAAGAUAAUUUAACCCAAAAUUUAGAAGCUGUCUGGAAAUACAGUCAAGAAUCGAUCCAUAUGCACAGAGAAAAGCUUAGAAAGAACCCAUCAAAGAUUGACGACUUGUUAGACUUGUUUAUUAGCGAAAUUAAUAAUAGUGCAAACCCAGAGUUCUACAACGACGAAGGUCUCUACAGAGUAUGUUCAGAUUUGCUUUUGUCAGGAACUGAAACCUCAUCUUCCACAAUGUCUUGGUUGUUGUUAUAUUUAAUUAAUAACCCAAACUUUCAAGAUAAGGCUAGAUCUGAACUUUUAGAAGCUGCUGGUGGUAAAAGAAGAAUCGAAUUAAGCGAAAAAAACAAAACACCAUUCUUUAACGCUUGUAUUAAAGAAGCCUUGCGUAUUAGACCCGUUGGUGCACUCUCUCUUCCAAGAAUAGCCUCCGAGGAUAUCUCUUGCGGUCCAUAUACCAUCGAAAAAGGUUCGCAAAUAUUGAUGAACGUAUACGGUUUAGCCAUGGAUCCAACCAUUUGGGAAGAACCUGAAGUAUUCAACCCAUAUCGUUGGUUAGCCUCCGAUAUGAAUCAAUCAUCCUAUGCCUUCAUUCCAUUCGGUUGUGGUGCUAGAAUUUGCGUUGGUAGUAACUUAGCCAAAGACGAAAUCUUUUUGGGUGUUGGAAACGUUCUAUUAAAUUACAUUUUUGGUUCUGUUGAUGGAAAUCCAAUUAGUGAUAAAGGUCAUUUCGGUAUCGCACUUCAAACUUGUGAUUAUAAUGUUAAAUUAACAAAAAUCUAA